CUGACCUCGUUGACUGGAUAGAAUCUGAUCCUAAAGACAAGUACAAGCUUAUAACAACCUUACAUAAUGGUAGAUUUUCUACGGUUGUGAAAUGUGCAAACACCAGUACAGAUGAAUUGGUUGUGGCAAAAGUUUUUCAUAAGGAAUCAAAUGAUUCUUCCGUCCAAGCUGAAUUUGAUACUUUUAGGACACUAAGACAUGAGCGUCUUGCUGAGAUGGUGGAAGCUUAUCGUUGUUCAUCUGGAUUGCAUGUACUGAUUCAAGAGAAACUUGGGCAAUCGCAUGAUAUCUUGACACAUCUUUCUGAAUGUACCAGCUAUACAGAGCAGACCGUCUCCGUGGUAGCCGCUCAGAUUUUGGAUGGCUUGCAGUACCUUCAUUGGCGCGGUUAUUGUCAUCUAGAUAUACAGCCGGACAAUAUAGUUGUAACAUCUCCCAGAUCAGCACAGAUUAAAUUAGUUGAUUUUGGUUCAGCGCGCCAUGUGAGCAAAUUAGGAACGAGGGUACCUUUUACAGGAAAUUAG